UACCACUUAAAAUGGCCGGCUGAAAAUUAUCGUCUGCAUACUGCCUGAUAAAAACACAACUAGAUUUAAUCAAAUGCUACACUGAGAGUGUAAACAAAGAGACAGACUGAUAAUGUGGAAUUUAGUGGACUUUGUAAGGUGCGUUUGCGUGGUUUGCGUUGUGUUUUUGUCAGCGUUAUGUGGCGAUACCGCGACAGCCACGCAGGCACCGGGCCGGGACGAACCACCACCGGCCGGCCACCUGAAACCUCUCGGGUGGCAUCGGCCCGCAGAGCCCGACGUGGACACCGUGAAUUCAGUACCAGAACCUAAAGAGUUCUUUGAAAAGUAUGUUCGUCACGGGCGGCCAUUGCUGAUGAAAGGAGCAGCUAAAAACAUGGCUGCAUUUAAACUGUGGAAAGAUGAUUAUUUAAGAUCACAGCACGGGGAACUUGAGGUUGAAGUAGAAGAAGGAAAGAAAGAGAAUCGCUCAAGAGGCUUAUGGUCCAUGAAACUACACGAGUUUCUGGAUGAGUACGGACAGGGUGAUAUCUACAUGGUGUCAAGUGUGCUACCAGAAUUAGCAGGGGAGGUGGAAUUACUGCGCUGUAUGCAUUGUGGCGGGUUCACAGAGCACCUUCAAGAUGCAGUUAUUUGGUUCAGUAGUGGCAGCACUAAAUCUGUGUUACAUUAUGACGCUGUAGAUAACAUCAACUGUGUGUUAGACGGCAAGAAAGAAAUCUUCCUUGUUGAUAAGAGGGAGAAGGAAAACAUUGAUAUCGAUCAUCCAGACGGCUCGUUCAGCGGUGUAGACGUCGAUAGAGUCGAUAUGUAUAAAUAUCCUGGACUCGGUCAAGUUCCUUGGUAUAAUGUCACUAUGGAACCAAGUGAUUGCUUCUUCAUACCCUACAGGUGGUAUCAUCAAGUCAGGUCAUUACAAGGUCGUAACCUUGCCAUCAAUAUUUGGUUUGUACACCUUCUCCAGUUCAUCGCUGAUGAUUGUAGGUCAAAGGAUGACAUUCCAGAUUUCACACCUCUUGAACAGUUUCAAUUCACCACAGACAUCGAACAAUUGAGAGGUGAAAUAGCCAACUGCAUUGAUGAACUUGAAAAUGGUUACCUGGACAGACCAAAUCUUUUAGAGUUUGCAAACUGCCUUGAUAUAUCAGAGGGAGAUUCACUCAUGGUAUUCCAGUUGUUAGACGAGGACCAGGAUGAGCGAGUCACACUGAAUGAAGUGUACUCCUUCAACAUGAUGACCAUUCAAUCCUUACUCCCUGAUUUGAUCAGCACACAUUCGAGCACAGAAGAGCUUCAUGAUGAACUUUGACCCCCGAUCAGGUUUUUUUUCCCUUAUUAUUUAUUUGACAAGUCUGUGGUCUAGAUCUGGUUCUGAUGGUGGAGUUAUUCAAACACUAAGCGAGGUUUAUGACCCAUGACUCUCAAGCUUCACUAGAGAGUGCCAGAUGCAGGCAUGCAACUUUUCCUUGGAUCAGCUGAUUUCCUCUUUUUUUUAAAUCUCAGUUUUACCAUUCAAAAUUGAAAACUUUCUACACAAAAUCUUUGAAAUUUUGUAAUUUCCUCUUUUUUUGCAUGCCUGCAGAUGACAUCACCGUUAUUCUAAGACUGGUCUCACAAACCAUUCAAAACAACUCUUUAACUUUUCAGUACUAAAUCCAAAUCAGAGUGAUUUUACCAAACAUAAACAUUCCCUUUAAAAUUAUACAAUUUAAAAUCAGGCCUUGGCUUACGUGGUAAUUUUUAACAGGCAACUCUGUAGGCAACCAGGGCCCAAUUUUACGAAAAUUCUUGCUAAGCACAAAUUACAAAUGGUACACAAGACAUAGUAUUUUGGCUGGUAACCUUAAUGUGGUAAGCAUAGUUGUUUUGUGCUUACAUGGAGCUAUAGUUUGUGCUUAAGUAGUUCUACGACAUUGGACCCAGGCUGGCCUGUAUGCUUCGUUUCCAACACAGAGAUUUUUUGUAGUCUUACGUCAUGAUUCUUUUAAUGCCCAUACAGAAGAUAACUCACUCAAAUCAAUUCAUUAACAUAAAAGCAGUUUAUUUGGUGUUGGUUUUUUUUUUUCCUCUUCAGUUUGAUAAAAAUAAGGUUGAUCUGUUAUUUGUGAUUCAAUUAUAAUUCACAAGUUCUACUAUUAUCAGGCAUUACAGUACAGGGUACACGUUCUGAAUUGAUGUGGUUUUCAUAAGGCAUACUCUUUGCUUAUGUACACAACCACUAUCGUGGGUACACUUUUUGUUACAAAGACACCAAAUGAACAACAGAUAAAUAUUAUCUCUUUGCAGAUCUUGUAUUUAAACAAUUCAAGCACUUUUUAUUCAUGAUCAUGGACACAGCAAUUGAUAUAAAAAAAAACAUUGAGAAAACUGCUACGUCAGUUAUUUUUCAAACAGUUUUUCAAAAAAUGUGUACUUAUGAUUGCUGCUUUGCACCAAUAUGUUUGUAAAUUCUCUCUUCAGCAAUCUCUUUAUUUGUUAUACACAGUGAUUUCAACUUUAUGCUUUUAAUUGGUUUUUAUUCAUGUCUACUUGCCAUUAACACUCAAGCUUAGUUCUUUUUAAACUUAAAAUAUACAAAUAAUUAAAGGGGGUAAACAAUUUACACUGUUUAAGUUUCCUUGAAAGACUGUGUACAUUUUUUGACAAUUUAUUAUUAACAAUGUACACAUGAAUGCAGAACCUGGCUAUAUAAGCUGGCUUUAUAUACAAACCUUCUAAUUCAGAUUGACUUUGUUUCCUUCAGGUUAUUAUCAUGAAUUUUUUUUCAAGUUUAUCUUUGUAUAAUGAUCUCAAAGAUCAACAGUUAUAUUGUGUACAUGUACUUUUCAAAUGUGUCGUUUAAGGUAAAUUUUACCUAUUAAAACCCUGCGAUGCACCACCCCUGUCGAGUAUACAGGAAUGCCAUUGGGUAAUGCAGCCAGAAGACCAUCAAGAAAUGUGUAUAACUCAUUUUGUAAUGUACUUUUUUUCAAAGCCAAUACAGGCCCGUAUGCCUCGUUUUUGAAAGGGCAAGGGUUUUACUGUAGCCUGGCAAUGACCAGCGGGCAUGGAGGCAAUUGCCUUUGUUGCCUCCCAAUACCUUUCCCGCGGUUUGCCAAAGGAAAAAUUAACAACAGCUAUGUUUUUCAGUUUUGUUGGUUAAUAAUUAUGUUUUUACACAGUAAAGGCGCAGCGUUUUUUGUACACAAGCACACUUAAUUUGCUGAAAGUGUUUUCUAACAGUAGAUUCUGCGUCCAUGAGUCAUACUGCCCAUAGGUCAUAUGGCUUGUCAAUCGGGCCUGUCGGAAGAUAGGAAUCCAUAUCAAGGGUUUUACCCGUUUUUGCAUAGAAAUGAACGACAAUGUGUUUCGGUGUAUUGGUUGAAGACUGGUUGGCCAUCGUAGGGUUUCAGAAAUAGGUAUAAAACUCCUUUUCAAACUAUUUUUGUGUAUGGUUUAAGAACGAAAAACGUGUUUUUGGUUUGUUGGUAAAACAGAAUUAGUGGUAUACUCGACAGUGUACAAGGUGCGGUCAACCCUUGUUAUAAAGAGCUCUGUUAUUAUACCGAGGUUCUGCUUAUAAAGAGCACAUUCUGAAGUCCUGAAUCCCAUA